CCAUUCCGCCCCCGGAAGGAACCGGGACCAGGCGGCUGCUUCUGUGGCUUUGCUCGCCGUUUGCACUCCUUCUGGAUCUGGCGCAGGCCUCGUUGCCUUCUUCAUUUACCUGGAAAUAGGAGUUGGAACACAGCACCUUCCCCUUCCUCCCGGCCCUGCCUCCUUCUGCAGAGCGGAGCUCAAUAGAACUUUGUUGUUCUGCCUUUUACUCUGCGGGGAGAGAAGCAGACGAUGAGGAGAAAAUAAUGAAUGUCAAAGGAAAAGUGAUUCUGUCAAUGCUGGUUGUCUCGACUGUAAUUGUUGUGUUUUGGGAAUAUAUCAACAGCCCCGAAGGCUCUUUCUUGUGGAUAUAUCACUCAAAAAACCCAGAGGUGGGUGAUAGCAGCACGCAGAAGGGCUGGUGGUUUCCAAGCUGGUUUAACAAUAGGACCCACAGUUACCCAGAAGAGGAAGCCGUAGACAAGGGAGAUGAACAAAGAAAGGAAAACAGUGAAGAACUUCAGCUGUCAGACUGGUUUAAUCCACAGAAACGUCCCGAUGUUGUGACGGUGACCGAAUGGAAGGCGCCGGUCGUGUGGGAAGGCACUUACAACAAAGCCAUCUUAGAAAAUUAUUACGCCAGACAGAAAAUUACCGUGGGUCUAACGGUCUUUGCUGUCGGAAGAUACAUUGAGCAUUACUUGGAGGAGUUCUUAAUAUCUGCUAAUAGGUACUUCAUGGUUGGCCACAAAGUCAUAUUUUACAUCAUGGUGGACGAUGUCUCCAAGAUGCCCUUGAUAGAGCUGGGUCCUCUGCGUUCCUUCAAAGUGUUUGAGAUCAAGCCUGAGAAGAGGUGGCAGGACAUCAGCAUGAUGCGCAUGAAGAUCAUCGGGGAGCACAUUGUGGCCCACAUCCAGCAUGAGGUGGACUUCCUCUUCUGCAUGGACGUGGACCAGGUCUUCCAAGAUAGCUUUGGAGUGGAGACCCUGGGCCAGUCGGUGGCUCAGCUACAGGCCUGGUGGUACAAGGCAGAUCCUGACGAGUUUACCUAUGAGAGGCGGAAGGAAUCCGCAGCAUACAUUCCGUUCGGCGAGGGAGAUUUUUAUUACCACGCUGCCAUUUUUGGAGGAACGCCCACUCAGGUCCUAAACAUCACCCAGGAGUGCUUCAAGGGAAUUCUCCAGGACAAGAAAAAUGACAUAGAAGCCGAGUGGCAUGAUGAAAGCCACCUAAAUAAGUAUUUCCUUCUCAACAAACCCACUAAAAUUUUAUCCCCAGAAUAUUGUUGGGAUUAUCAUAUAGGCUUGCCUUCAGAUAUUAAGAUUGUCAAGAUAUCUUGGCAGACGAAAGAGUAUAAUUUGGUUAGAAAUAAUGUCUGAUUUUAAAUUGUGCCGGUAGGUUUCUGAAUUUGAGAGAGUAGUAUUCUGGCUACUUCCUCAGAAAAGUAACACUUAAUUUUAACUUUUAAACAAUACUAACAAACCGCCAACUUCUCUUCUUCCUGGUAACUUUGAACCUUGCAUUAUGGGAGGAUGAAACCUACAGGAAUCAGAUGUAAAUUCCCAGUGAUUUCUGAUCUCUUCUGGGUUUGGGGGAAAUACUAUCAACUGGACCAAACGCUCACCAAAAAAUUGACACAGGCAAAGAAAAAGCCAGAAACACUCUACAUGUGCCAGAUAAUGUACUGGAGAAAAGGGUGCUAAGGGAAGUGUUUGGCAGCAAGAUACGAUUGUGGGGGGAGGGGGUCAUCCCCUUGACUUCAGUGUCUCUGCUGAGUCCCAAGCAUCAUCCAGUUGCUUGGCGACAGAAGAACUCUGAGUAAGGGCACGGUCCACCUUGGCAAUCCUCACAUGGUUUCACUGGCAGACUGCUUCAGGCCAUUUGCCACCCGUGUUCUUUUCCCAUCGGGAAAAUGUUGUUUGGCUCCCGUGCAGAAUCUUCCUGGUGGAGAUUCCCAAGGGAGACCAUGGUGGCGCGUGUUUGGAGUCACGGGGAAUCUGAAUGAGCCAGUGGUUGCUCAGCAUGGAGUGAAAACAGACUCAGAGUUGAGUUUGCCAUGGAAAAGCAAAGAGAGUGGAAAAAAGAGGAGGCUGAUAUCUGUGGGCCACCUCGGAGGGGCCCAGGGCACGGGGCUGGUCCUUAAACACAGCACGGAUCCGGGCGCUGAGGGGGGGGCAGGGUGGGUAGUCUCUGGCUUCCUCAGACCCGCGACGACCAGCACUGCGGGGACUUGAGUGGAAGAUGUUUCUUGUUUUGCCCAAGGCGCAUUCGGUCCGCCAGACUCCGGUCUUCGGUUCCUUGGCCGGAGAAGUGGAUGGUGUCAGAGAAGGCAACGGCCCGCAGUGGACUGAAGAGGCUUGCAAGGAGUUACGUUUCCCAAACCCGGGCUUCAUGACAAUAAGUCAUCAACAUGCCCUGCUGCCACCUGCUCUAACCCUCAGGGUCCCCGCAGCCCGUCACGCCCCAACCUGGAGGGCUGACAUCAAGGAGUUUGGAAAGCCCUCGGGUCAAGUAACUUUUCGUUUUCCCCUGCCCUGUCUGCACUACUGAAGUGUGACAACCAGAUACAUUUAAUAAAAUGGCUAAUUGAUUUUAUAUCGAAAGCAGAGGGGAUGGCGGUGAGAGACCCAGUCCUCAUGAAUGAACAGCUUAACAUACAAUUCCCUUCUCUAAGAGAAGCUAUGGAAUCCUACGCAUUACUUCAAGUUGAGCAAUUCGACGUACAGGAGUUAGGAGGCAGCAUUUACAUAUGCAGGUGUAUUUAUAGUUUGCUCGUGUUCCAGUUUUGGUCAUUUGUUUCCACUUUUAAGUGAUUUAUUUGAAGAGCCACCGCACUUGGUGUUCAGCACAAUGGGCUUAUUUGAUACAGUGAAACCUACAUUUUUUUCUACCAUGUCACUGUGCCUCCUACUCUUCAAUCCGUGCCAGAAAAUCUCACAACCCAGCAAAAUGAAGCAAAACCAACAACGACAACAACAACAAAAAUUCUGAAGAAAUGGGCUUUGUAAAAGAAAACGGGAGACCGCAUGUCAGGACGCUGCCUCUCCAGAACUGACCUUUCCUGGGAUCCAUCCAUUCUGGAGUAGAGACAGUUAAGCAUUUAAAUCCUAAACCAAAGAAAUGAUCUCUCUUAAAAGAUUAGGGAAGAGGGUUGAUGUUUACUUUUGAGGGAAUCUGGAUAUUUUUUUUACUCAUUUAAAUUUAAAUCCCCAAACAAACUCCAGAUCUCAUUGAUAGUUAUUCUUAAACAUUAAAAAAAAAAAUAAAAUUCACAAUUCACAAUUGAAUAAAUUAUUUUCUCAAUAGAUCCUGGUCUGGUCAUGGAUUGUGCAUUUUCUCCCAAAGAUGUUCAGGAUCGUCAGUUGUAACAUUUUAAAUUCUUGGACUCCAAAAAGUCCUGAUGUCCUCUUAAAAAUGUGUUCACUAUUACAAAGAUAGAACAUGGUUGAGAGUCCCAAGCUUUCAAAACAAUAAGUGCUUAUGGAGAGCUUUCCAAAGUGGUGCAUUGAAAUAAUUAACUGCCAGUGGAGGAACCAGAAAGAAAAAGGCUUGCCCCUCAACCCCAGGGUGGGGCGCCAGCACAGAGGGAGAAAACAAUGUCAUAACUACAUCUGGGGAUUAUUAGUCCUGACCUCUGGGGAAUAUAUGUGGCCAAGGAGGCUCUGGAAAAAGGCUGGAUCUCCAGCAAAGUCAGGGCGGGUGUAUUUGUAAUAAAUGGAAAGAUGAAAACCGA